AAUUGGUUUAUCUCUUCUGUUCCGAACCUGCUCUCUCUACCAGUCACCCCUUCACUUCCUCCAUCGUUCGCUCCCAUUUCGCUCCCGCACAGACGCCGCAGGCAGAGCUCGGCCUUCGAUGGCGCUACCGGUGGUCGACACGGAGUACCUGAAGGAGAUCGACAAGGCCCGCCGCCACCUCCGCGCUCUCAUCGCCUCCAAGAACUGCGCUCCGAUCAUGCUCCGGCUGGCGUGGCACGACGCCGGGACUUACGACGCGAGGACGAAGACCGCCGGUCCGAACGGCUCGAUUCGGAACAAGGAAGAGUACUCCCACGGCGCCAAUGCUGGCUUGAAGAUCGCUCUUGAUUUCUGUGAGGAGGUGAAGUCCAAAUGUCCGAAGAUUACAUACGCAGAUCUAUACCAGCUAGCAGGAGUUGUUGCAGCAGAAGUCACUGGAGGUCCCACUGUUGACUUUGUUCCUGGAAGAAAGGAUUCAAAAGUUUCUCCAAACGAAGGAAGACUUCCAGAUGCUAAUCAAGGUCCUUCACAUCUAAGGGACAUCUUUUACAGGAUGGGUCUCUCAGAUAAGGACAUAGUGGCCUUAUCAGGGGCUCAUACAUUGGGAAGGGCACACCCGGAAAGAUCUGGAUUUGAUGGUCCUUGGACUCAGGAACCCCUUAAGUUUGAUAAUUCCUAUUUUGUCGAGUUGUUGAAAGGGGAAUCAGAGGGGCUGCUGAAACUGCCAACUGACAAGGCAUUGUUGGAAGAUCCUGCGUUUCGUCCUUAUGUUGAGUUGUAUGCCAAGGAUGAGGAUGUAUUUUUCAGGGAUUAUGCAAUCUCGCAUAAGAAGCUCUCUGAACUGGGGUUCACGCCAAGUUCUUCAGGCAGCAAGGCAGUAGCGAAUGGUGCCGUAUUGGCACAAGGGGCUGUUGGAGUGGCAGUGGCUGCGGCUGUGGUGAUCUUGAGCUACUUCUAUGAAGUACGCAAGAAAAUGAAGUGAAUGCUGCUUUUCGAUUUCCCUUUGUGUACCUUCCAUAUGUUUUAGCAGCUUAGUAGCGCUGCACGCUCCAUAUCUCUUACUCCACGAUAAUAGUCGGGGCAUUACGUUUUCCAGUUGGUUAGUACACAAACAUGCUGCCUUGAGUGCGGAGUUACAUAUAUACGUAUAACCCCCUGGUAUAUGCAUGCAUUUUAUGUGGUGCUCGUAUACAAGUGGGUAGCCGUGCAGGCAGACCGACUUCCGAUUCACUCGAGCUAUUCCUUCAACCUAGAAAUCCAGAAUGUGUGAUUCACUUAUUCAUUCUUUUACAGCAAAGACCCUCCCAAGCAUACAUUCGCCAUUUGAAAUCAGACUUUCACGGGCAGGCUUAUUUUUUUUCA